CAAAGCGAGCUAUUCCAUUAUCAGUUUCGUCUUCAAUUGGAUCGUCAUCAUGGUCACAUACUAGAGAUUCCGCAGUAAUAUACUGCGUAUUAUAAUCAUCUUCCCAAGAUUGUUUGUUAUUCUGAACCUCCGGUACUUGUGUUAAUUCUUUAUUAAUUAAAUUUGAUGAUUUAUUAUUUGUAGGCCAUAGAAACUGAUUUUGAAUCAAUGAUGGUGUUUGUGGUAUUAAGUUUUGUUCAAUAUGAGACUGAAUCCAAUGUUGAUUUUCAUAAGGUAAAUUCUUAUCUAACGUCGAAUAAAGAUUAGAACCUUGAAAAUUUUGAUUAUCAACCGCAAAUUCUUGAGCAAAAAAUUCAUCAUCUAUACCUCCGUAUGUUAGAUCAUUACUACUUUCGUAAUGACUUUUAUAGAGAGAUUGAUUAUUGUCUUGAAAACCAUUCAAGUCACUAAAUAUAAUUUGGUUACAAUCUUCGUGACACAUGUUGAAACGAUUAUUUACAUUACUGAUGACUUCUUGACAAUUACUUUGAAUUGCAUUUUCGGAAUUGAAGAAAUUAACAUUCAUAUGUUCCAAAUUAGUAUUCUCUACGAAUAUUUCUUGUCGAAUCUUUUCAUCGUUUUUUACAAUUUCAUUUCCAAAUUCGGUAUUAGUAUUGUUGAUGCUGCCACAGUCUUCUUUCGCAAGCUUACAUGAUUGUCCAAUCUUUGCACCUUCAGCAAUAACUGCAUGUGAAAGUCGAUGACUUUGAUAUGUUGUAAUUUUGUUAUCUGAAGUAGAUAUUUUUUGAUUUUUUUGAUUUUGUUGAUUUUGCAACUGUGACGAAAGUAAUGAUUUUCGUUUAAUCCAAGUUGGAUCAAAAUGUAUGUCCAUUCUCUCAUUACAAAGAUUGUUAUCAUUUUCUUCUGAAGGUAUUGCACGAUUAUUUGGAAAAUUUUUUAUACUUUCAUCAACUGGCAGUCGUUUUGAAUCAUUAUCCAAUUCCAUAUUAUCAUUUGUCAUCUUUUCUUGUACAGAUAAUGAUUCAUAUUCAUGUUUAGGCGCAGUUUCCUCAACUUUAGAAUCCUUUUGAUAAAUAC